GCCAGAUACAAGCCGAUCAUGGCCAAGACCUUACAUUGGCAUAUAUUACAUAUCUGGCCGAAACGUGAGACUUGUAUGCCCUAGCUGUGAUUCAAAAGUGCAGAGCUGAGGAACAAGCGAUAUUCUUGAGCGGCGGCUCACUUUGAGAAGGAAGAAAGUGCUGCUUCCAAAGAACAUUAGCAAAGUAAUAUUUCUGCAGAAUGUUGCGUCGGCAAUGGCAGAAAACCUUGCAAAGAUGGCAUCUCCUUUGCGCGUUUGCGUGAGAUCGCGUCUACUCUUUCUCCAUGCAUUCCAUUACCGGCUCCUCCCCGCUCAUUUCAUGCUUCGAGUUAUCCCCAGCAGUGCAAACCCACCUAACUAACCUCCGCACCGAGAUUGCUUCUACUAGACCCAACCUCCGAGCGCUCAUUACCAUCCUCACGAAAACACUGUCUUCUCUUCAAACUCCCUGUCCCCUUCCGCACGCCGUAUCCCUCAUUCGUUCAAUAGCUUCUCUCCCCUACAUUCGUCCCACGGAUAGCGAGGAAGCCGAGCGGUUAACGAAUGCGGUCAUCAAGGUUUUAAUGAGUUUGAGUGCAGGGGGAGAAGACGUUUGGGCGGUUGGAUUAUGUUGCUGUCUCUUGUCGGAGGUUGCUCAAAGGCUCGACGAAGGAAAUACGAGAUUUGGGAUCCAAGUUACCGCUGUUUGUCGAAACCUUGUGUCUGUGGUCGAGGGUCUUGAUGCCGUGAAACGUGUGCAGCGAAAUGAUGAAAGGUCUUGGAUAUGCCAGAUCCUUUGCAUGCUUUCGCUGGUCGAUCUUACGCUGCAUCUCUGCAGCAUCUGUGCGCGUGUAGAACAGCGCGGGUCGCAACUCGUGUCUUCCGAGGCACCGGCAAAGUUUCUUUUGACGAGCACUCUGAGCUGCAUCAUGACCAUUCUCGCCACCACAUCACCGUCUCCCUUACGUCGACAGGAUCGCCAGAUGCAAUCAUCUCAGCACCAAGUCAUCUAUGCCCGUCUAGCCGCGUUGCAGUGUCUCCAGAGGCUCUUUGUUGAACCAGACGCUCCAGAUUCUAAUGGGGAUGACACCGCCGGACACUUGAGAGGAGGGGUCCAUAUUUGGAGGCAACUCAGUGAACCAUCUGCCACAAGAGUCAUUUCAAAUAUUGCCGAUAUGGUUCGAAAACACUUGCCAGUAGUGAUGGAUCCCAUCACCUAUCAGCCUCCAGACCACGAAGAGAUGAUCCUAUCGGGACUCAUCAACAUCCUCUCCGCAGCGGGUUUAUUUGAGACACUCUUUUCAACCCGAUCCGUAUGCGUCAAAUUCCUUCCAAACAUUAUUGUUUGCGCCAUCCCACCAACACCUUCUUCACCGCCCUGUGCUGAUAUGCGAUUUCCGAAAUUACGAUUAGCGUGUUUAACCUUUCUCGCGAGAUUUGUAACCUCCGUCGCCGUAGCAUCUAGACUACACGAUAGCCCAAAAUUUAUAGAGCUGCUAGACAAACGACCGUUUGGUUCCUCUGUUACUGCUUUGUGGGUUGUACCGCCGACGCGGAAGCAUUUGUCUGGAAAUGCUGGGCAGGAUGAAAUCGAUGUUACAGUGGCUGUUAGUAAAUUGUUUUUGGGUCGGUGGUGGGAAUGGGACAUAGAGUGGGUUAUUAGUGUGGAAAAUGUGCUGGAUCUGGCUAGGGAAGCGUACGGGAAGCACAGUGAAAUGUGACCCAACCCUAUCUUCCAAAAGAACCAAUGAAUAGCAAUCCGUCACGACCAUCAAGCUACAAAGAUCAUCUCGUUAAUCCGCAAUUUGAAUUCGCAUCUAUUCCGAUA